AUGGGCACGAGGCCGAGUAAGGCGCUGCGGCGCUGGUACGAGAGCCACGAGGAGAGCAGCCGCGAGCGAGCGGCCCUGAGAGCGCACUACGAGCUGCUGGGCGUCCUCUCCCAGGGGGGCCGCGCGGAGGUCAGGCUGGCCCGCCACCGCGCCACGGGCACGAAGGUGGCGGUGAAGGCCGUGCGGAGGGCGGGGAGCUGGUCGCAGCGCUUCAUCUCCACCGAGGUGGACAUCCUGAAGAGCCUGGACCACCCGAACGUGAUCAAGCUCUACGAGGUGGUCCAGACGCGCGCGUGCGUGUACCUCGUCAUGGAGCUGGCGGGCGGCGGGGAGCUGCUGAAGCACCUGGAGAAGGCCGGGCGCCUGGGCGAGCGGGAGGCCUGCGCCCUCUUCGUGCAGAUCGCGCGGGGCCUGCGGCACUGCCACGCGAGCGGCGUGGUGCACGGCGACCUGAAGCCCGGCAACAUCCUGCUGGACGCGCGCGGCAACGUCAAGCUGUCCGACUUCGGCGUGGGCUCGCGCUUCGCCGCGGGACAGAAGGUGGCGGCCGGCUGGUGCACCGCGGACUACCGCGCGCCCGAGCUCUUCCUGCGCCGCCGCUACGACGGGCCCAAGGCCGACAUCUGGAGCCUGGGCGUCAUCCUGUUCCUCAUGGUCACCGGCAGCCAGCCCUUCGAGGCCCACAGCCUGCAGAGCCUGCAGAAGAAGAUCGUGGCGGGCAGGUACACCUUGCCGCCCCACCUCCCUGUGGACCUGGAGAACAUCCUGCGCCAGCUGCUGCGCGUGGACCCGGCCGAGAGGCCCGCCCUGGACGACAUCCUGCAGCACCCCUGGAUCAGCCGCUGCUCGGGGGCCCAGGCGCCCCGGCUCAGCGCGCCCGGGGACAAGAAGCUCAACUUCAGAAUACUGCAGAGGAUGAGCAAAAUGGGCUACAACCCGCUCCACACCCACCGCUCCCUGAUAAAGAACGCUUUUAACAGCGCCAUGGCCACGUACCUGAUCCUACAGUGCCAGGCCCAGGAGCAAGAAGUCCACAAGCGGUUUGAACCCGCAGACGCCAAAACUUUGCCGCAGUCCGCUCCCUGUGCUACCUUUCCUCUCCCCCGAAAACUGAGAGUUGGCGACCCUGGCGUUUCCCCUCUGCUGUUGCCUCAUAGUGAUCAGCAAGCUGAGCCCAAGAACACCAGGAGAGCCACCUUGCCGGCCAUUCCAGUCUACAGCCAGGAGCAGACACAUUCUCUGAAGGCAGCUCGCUUCAGCAUUCCCUUCUUUUCCCUGAAGAUGCGCACUGCCAGCGUGGCCCCCCAGAGGGGUGCCUCCAGAGCCACUAGACUGAAGGCCAAGCCCAGAGAAGACUCCCUGGGAUCCUCAGAGGCAGAGCAACCCCGCCACAGAGAGCAGGGGGUCCUUGAAAGUUUCCGGAGAUGGAGGCGAGCGCCUAGGAGAUGUGUUAACUUCUUUUGGGGAUUAGGUUGCUUCCAGCCCAAUACCACAGCUCCGCUGGCUCCCAGUCCAGUUGCUCCUAGAAGACGAAGCAAAUGA